GAAGUUGCUUUUUCCGCCCCCAACCCAGGGGCCGGACCGGGUCUCCGCCGGCUCGGUUUGGUUCCCGAAGCUGUCAGACCGUCUCGUUAGGCCGGAGGGGAGGUUUGGCGGCCCUGGGGUGGGCUCGCCCUGUCCCAGGCUCACUCCAGUACCAGCCUUCAGGAAACCAGCUGAAUUUCCCGGUCUCCUAGCAACGAGGGACGGGCCGCGGCCCGAGGGAGCGGCGGGGCAGCCCAAAUCGCCGAGGCGCUAGCCGGAACCCACGAGCCAGACCUACGCGGGAGCCAAACACCAGAGCUUGGAAGAAUAAGCAGGACAUGGCGGACGAGGCGUUGUUUUUGCUUCUCCACAACGAGAUGGUGUCAGGAGUGUACAAGUCCGCGGAGCAGGGGGAGAUGGAAAAUGGACGCUGUAUUACUAAGCUGGAAAACAUGGGGUUUCGAGUGGGACAAGGAUUGAUAGAAAGGUUUACAAAAGAUACUGCAAGGUUCAAGGAUGAGUUAGAUAUCAUGAAGUUCAUUUGUAAAGAUUUCUGGACUACAGUAUUCAAGAAACAAAUCGACAAUCUCAGGACAAAUCAUCAGGGCAUCUAUGUACUUCAGGACAACAAAUUUCGUCUGCUUACUCAGAUGUCUGCAGGAAAACAGUACUUAGAACAUGCAUCUAAGUAUUUAGCAUUUACAUGUGGCUUAAUCAGAGGUGGCUUAUCAAACUUGGGGAUAAAAAGUAUUGUAACAGCUGAAGUGUCUUCAAUGCCUGCCUGUAAAUUUCAGGUGAUGAUACAGAAGUUGUAGGACAUACUGAAAUGUAAGGCUUCAACAGUGUAAAGAGUUAAAUUAUUAAUGUAUAAAGUUUUUCAAGUAGCAGUGAUUUAAUUACAUUGUUGGACAUUUAUGUUGAUAUAAGUUAUUUGCUAACUUGUAUAAUGAAAGAUGUAUUCUUAAGCAGGACUAAAGUUGUAUUUUAUCAAUUUAACAUAGAUCAAGUGAAAGCAGAUAAAGAGACAUUCUACCAUAACAUACGCUUUAAGGAAACUAUCAGAAUGAAAAAAAUUCUGAUUUCAAAAAAAUAAAUACCAGGAUAGGAUGUGGGAUCCUUAUUUUAAACAUUUCUACUUGCUUAGUGAUGUAUAUUUAACCACAGAUGGGGAAGUGAAACUCAGGGUUUGAUAAAUUAGCAUAAAGAAAAGUAUGUACCAGUCAGAAUCAUUUGUGUAA